AUGGUACUUCUAUUCUCUUUUACAACGGGGACGCCUGCUUCAACCACAGCGCCAUCAGAUACAAAUCCAACGUCAUCUUUACCUACCACACCAUCACCUUCGACGUUAUCUUCCACGUUACCUCCCACAACCCCUUUAUCCGCUCAAGACGCAUGUUUUAAAUUUGAUCUUAUCUUCAACAAAUGCCUCCUCCAUCUUGGGUUGAAGAAAAUUGAGUUGAUAAAACUCUGUAGAGAAGGUCAUGUGUUGAUUAAGCGUUGUGUGCUGAGUACGACUGGUGACGAUCCAACAAAAUUACCCCUUUUCGAUAAAAGAUGUUCCGACGAACUUAUGGAAUGGAUUAAACGCGUGAUACUCGUGUUAAUAGCCUUGAUAAUCGCAAUUAUAACAAUAAUACUUAAGAUUUGUUUUAAGUGUGUAAGAAAUGGUGGUAUCAAAAUAGGAGAUGGCGCGAUUUCUCUUCUAAAAUAA